GUGAAACAGAAAGAAAAAGAAAGACAGGGACAAGUUUAAGCUUCUCUUACGAGUUUCACUGAAGUCUUUAUACAUCAGAAAUGGCUUCUGCCACAAGUCUAAUGGCUGAUGAUAAUUUUUCUUGCUCUAUAUGCCUGGAUGUGUUCACAAAACCUGUAUCAAUUCCUUGUGGACACACGUUUUGUCAAGAUUGCAUCACAAAACACUGGGAAACAGUUAAUCGUCUCAUUGAAUGCCCGCAGUGCAAAGAGACAUAUCUCACCAAGCCAAUGCUCCGGGUGAAUAUUUUCAUUGCUGAUAUGGCGGAAAGAUUCAAAACUGCAGUGAGAAGGAAGUCGUCUUCACCCCUUCAAGAAGCACCGUUUGGGAAAGUGCUGUGCAAUCUGUGCAUAGACCCUGCUGUGAAGUCUUGUUUAGUAUGUUUUAUGUCAUUCUGCACAACACACCUGCAGCCUCAUCAAACAUUACCCAACUUACAGAGACACAAGCUCAUCCAGCCAGUCAAUGACCUCCAGAACAGGUUAUGCAAGACACAUGGCGAACCUUUGGAGUUCUUUUGCAGGGGAGAUCAAAUGUUUCUCUGUUUGUCCUGCAAAGUCAAAGACCAUAAAAUGCAUACGGUGGUGACUUUAGAAGAGGAGGCAAACAUAAGAAAAAUUAAGCUGGGGAAAGAAAAGGAAAGCACUGAUCAAAUGAUCAAGACACGUCAGCAGAUAAUUCUUGACAUUCAAUCCUCUUUGGACAGGAUCGGGAAAAAUGCAGAUCAAGCACUGUCAUACAAAAACCAUGCGAUGGCUGCUGUUGCGGAUUACAUUCAGAGAAGCCAAAUUGAGCUGACUGAGGUAAUCAAUACAAAGCUGCAACAGAUUGAAAAAGAGGGGAUGGAUUUCACUACGGAACUGGAUGCAGAAAUUUUGCAAAUUAAAGAGAAAAAAGAACAACUGGAUAAAACUUCUCUCACAGAUGAUGACUUCACAUUUCUCGAGAAUGCCCUUUCUUCUACAGUAUCUUCACCCAAGGUAAAGGACUGGCCCAAUCUGAAACUUAACACUGCCGAGUUUGCAAUACAAGACGCCAUGGAUGAGCUGCAGAGAUCAGUCAAAAGUAAAAUAAAUACGCUGUGCGAUCCUACCUUUAGAGAGAAGCAGCAGUAUGCUGUAGAUGUGACAUUCGAUCCUGACACAGCACACCCUUUAUUGAAUGUUUCAGCUGAUGGGAAGCAAGUUGCCACUGGAUACCAAAAAAGGAACGUCGACAACAAAGAAGAGAGGUUUCAAAAGGUCCUCAAUGUUCUGGCAAAAGAAGGUUUCUCCUCUGGAAAGUUUUACUACGAGGUUCAGGUGAGAGGCAAAACUCAGUGGGAUUUGGGAGUGGUGAGUGAGUCUAUCAACAGGAAGGGGGAUAUCAGACUGAGUCCGAAGAAUGGAUACUGGACCAUCUGGUUUAGAAAUGGAAAUGAGCUCACAGCCAAUGCUGGCCCUGCUGUAAACCUGCCAGUGAGGCAGAUACCUGAAAAGGUUGGAGUUUUUGUAGACUAUGAGGAAGGACAAGUUUCCUUUUACGAUGUGGAUGCAAGGGCAACCAUCUUCUCCUUUAUGGGAAACAGCUUCACCACGAAGCUUUUCCCUUUCUUCAGUCCCUGCGUCAAUGAGGGAGGAAAAAAUUCAGCUGCCUUGAUCAUCACUCCUGUAACAACCAACCACUGAGAGACUGUUGAAGUUUCUGGGCAAGCAUUGUAACACACUACAAUAGCACAACCCAAUUUUCGCCACAGUAAUCCAUCAGUUGCAGUUUUUAUGGUACGGUUUGAUGCUAGUCUCUCAAAUUGAGUUUAUUUUACAUGACAUGCACUCCGCAAGGUGAAAAAGAGAAAAAGUAUCUGUGCAAGUUAAACUUGUUGUUCUGGCAUCAAAAUGUUAAGUUUCUGGUUUACAUGUUUAACUGUAAUGUUCAGCAAAGCACUGUUAGGAUGUUACAGUUUUAACCACUUGUGCAAGUUGUGACUGAUAUACAUUUAAUGAGAGUUUUACUGUAGCAACAGUACAAAUACAAUCAAAGAAAAAUAAUCCUUAAUUAAAUUCCUCCAUUAUGUUCAGAUUUGCUUAUGAGUAAUAUCCUAUGAAAUCUAUUUCAAAAAUUCACUUUGUUUUUGUUUUUGUUGGUCUUUUGUUCAGUGUUUUAGUUUUUAAAUUAUGUUUUAAAAUAUGCCAACUGUGCAUGCGGUAGCUAAAACAAAAGGACAAAACUGGGCAAUUAAAAGGAGCACUUCUGGAUGACAAACCACUGACAUGUGUCAGCACAUUUUAAUAAAUGUUGUAUUUCAUGUUUUGUGUUGUUGCUUAAAGGCUGAAAGUAUCAGCAUUCUGGAAGUUACAGUUUAGAGAUUCCAUCAGGUCAUAAAAGAGAUGGAGAAUAUUUCACAAUAAACAUGUAAUGUUCAAUGUAAAUGUAGUUACCAUUAAAAGUGUUUAUUAUUCAAUUUGUAACAUUUAAUUAAUACACUCAGGAUGAAAACUUGA